AGCCACACGCAGUCUCAUCAUGAGCUUCUCCGUGGUAACGUGCUGCCUCCUGGUGAGUUUUGUCGUGGCUGCCGCCGGCUCCCCUGCGGGGAAAAAGGCUCAGCCUGCCGGCGACGAGCCUCACUUAGAGCCGUACAAACCAAGGACCACCAACGGUGCAUCCAUGGCACCCCUCGACGCCCAGCCUCUGCCGCUCUCCGCUGAAGUUCAGACGGAGAACUAUGAGACCGUGCCGCUGGCCGCCGGCCGGUAUUACAUCCAGUCCACCAACUAUCCGCAGCUCUAUCCGAACAGCUUCGACUUCACGUACCCGACGUUCACCGGUGCUGAUGGCCAGCAGCUGCGCAUCUACUGUCCGCAUCUGGACAUCGAGCCGCACUCGGAGUGCGCCUACGACUGGCUCUCCAUCAACGGCACCCGGUUCUGCGGCGCCGGCAGCGUCAGCGAGCGGCGCGCGCUCUCGCUCUCCAUCGAGUUUCACUCGGACCACAUUGUCCGGCACACCGGCUACCUCUGCUACAUUGAGGUGCCGGCGCUGUCCUGCUGCGGCCGCGCCCUGCGCCACUCCCGCAUUGUCGGCGGUGUGCCGACGGAGGAGCAUGAGUACCCGUGGCAGGCGGGCGUCGUGUACACCGGGUCGAACCGCACCUGGUGCGGUGGCAGCCUCAUCAAUAGCCGCUAUGUGCUGACGGCAGCCCACUGCGUGGCCUCGGCCGAGCCGCACCGGAUCGAGGUGCUGCUCGGCGAUCACUGGAUCGGCCAGCCGGAUGCCGGUGAACUGCGCUUCUCCGUGGAGCGCAUCACCGUGCACCCCAACUACACGAGCUUCACGGGCGGCGACGACUUUGCCCUCCUGCGUCUGGCCUCUGCCGUGCCCAUCAGCGCCGAGAUGAGCCCCGUCUGCCUGCCGCCGGCCGACGAGACGUUCGCAGGCAUGAACGCCACGGCCACCGGGUUCGGGCGAACCGCCUCCAACGAGAGUCAGUCCCUGGUCCUGCGGGAGGUGCAGCUGCCCAUCUGGAGCCCCGGACAGUGCGCCGGCCACCUGGCCACCCUGGACACCACCUCGAUGGUGUGCGCCGGCGGAGUGGCCGGCCAGGCCACCUGCAGCGGCGACAGCGGCGGCCCGCUGGUGGCAGAGCUCGCAGGACGCUUCACGCUGGUCGGCGCCACGUCGUUCGGAUACGUGCCGUGCGGCCUCCGGGGCUACCCGAGCGUCUACAGCCGCGUCACGUCGGCGCUCACAUGGAUCGAGAGCACCACCGCCGACGCCUCGCUCUGUGGCUAGACAAAACAUCGGCGGGGAACAGGCACACCGACGAUAUGAUAAGAGUUGUAAGUUGUAACAUACAUUUAAGCAAAUAGGGUUUUUAUUCGUCGGUAGUACAGCGGUAUUCUUCGUUAAUGCAAGGUUUUCCGAUGCCAUGACGUACUCUUUUGAGUGCUUUGUUGGGGAUAUAAAGCUAAGUCCUCUUUUCUGUCUCUUGUCUGUUUGUACAAGCCUACAAUUCAAGUCUACAACUUGUCUGUUUGUAUAUAAAAAGAGUUAAAGAUGA